AAUUCAACAUGGCGGAUCCAUUGAGCUUGUUGCGACAGUACAGUAUGCAGAGGAAACAAAUUAUAGAACGGGAUAAUAACAUCAUUUUCGGCGAGUUCUCCUGGCCGAAGACUGUAAAGACGAACUACCUAAUCUAUGGUAAGGGAAAGGAUGGUGUGGCUAAGGAGUAUUACACCCUUGAGUGUCUGCUCUACCUCCUCAAGAAUAUUGCACUGCAGCAUCCUGUUUAUGUAAGACAGGCGGCUAGUGAGGAUGUUCCUAUUGUGCGUCGACCCGACAGGAAGGAUCUUCUCGCAUAUCUCCGAGGAGAAACUCAGUCCUCGACAAGUAUUGACAAGUCGGCGCCUCUGGAGAUGCCGACGCAGAUGAAAAGAGGCGCUGACGACACUCUUGAAGGAUUACAAAAGAAACCUAGAUAUGACGAGUCCGCUUCACAGAAAAUAAAAGACCAACUCGCGAUGAAGUACGGACAAAGGCCUGAGGGAAGCGCACUUGGAACAGGCAACAUCAAAGCGCUCUCCGACGAAUUGACGACAAACAAGAUUGCUGAAAUUAAGAAGAAGAUUAUGUCAAACAGACGAACUAGAAUCAAGGGAGAGACAGGAGAGGAAGGUGACAGGGGUCUUGCUUCAUUUGCUGAUAUGGAGUCUGAUAAGACGAAAGAAAUCAGAUCACGUGAGCGGCAAUGGAGAACUAGGAUUACUAUUCUACAGAGCAACGGGAAAAUGUUCAAUAAAAACGUGUUUGCAAUCCUGAACAGUGUGAAAGCCAGGGAAGAAGGCCGAAACAAUAAACCGGUGGAUCAGCACUCCAUGUCUAUGCGUCCUAGCUCUGGUAUGCCUGCACCAGCUCAGCCUCCUAUGCCUUACAACAGGUACGGACAGGAGUUGUUGAGAGCAGCAGAUACAGAAGGAUUCAACAUUGAUACUACUAGAACAUAUACUGGAGAAUCCUUGAAAUCUAUGAUGACGGGCGGGAGUAAUCCUAAACAUGCUCCUAUACCUCAUCCUCAGGUACCUAGACCUUCUCCUGUUGUUAAACCUGCUCCACAACCUGUAAUACAACAACCUCAGCAGAAGGCUGGAAAGAAAGCAUCGAGGACUCCGAUUAUAAUAAUUCCUGCUGCUCCCAAGAGCCUGAUUACGAUGUUCAACGUGAAAGAUAUUUUGCAAGAUUUGAGAUUUGUCUCAACUGAGGAUAAACGUGCUGGAGGAACCAAGCGAGAGAACGACAUCCUCAUUCAACGUAGGAAGGAGGGAGGUCUUACAGUUCCCUACAGAGUCAUUGACAACCCUGGAAAGCUGACGAACGCGGAUUGGGACAGGGUUGUCGGAGUCUUCGUGAUGGGACAAGCAUGGCAAUUCAAGGGUUGGCCGUAUGACGGGAAACCGGUUGAUAUCCUCUCCAGGAUUGCGGGUUUUCAUCUGAAGUGGAGCGAGGUUAGUCUGGAGAAGAAUGUUGCUAGCUGGGCGGUUAGUAUUAUCCAACUCUCUAGGACCAAGAGACAUUUGGACCGUGCCGCCCUGCUCACUUUCUGGGAGAAGCUGGAUAAACAUAUGAUAAAGAAUAAACCUCAUCUUAGGUUUUGAUCAGCAUCGAUGCUUGUUAUAUAAAUUGUUUAUAGCUUAUCCUAAUAUAUUAUGUCGUCAAUUAUUUCUGUUAAUAAAAAAUGCGAUUAAUAAAUUUUUCAACUUGUA